AUGGAAUCGCGGUUCAGAAAUACAGCUGUCGAAUGUUGCUAUCGGCACGUGCGGCCCCAUUAUUCAUUGAAAGGAGCUGACGUCUAGACGCCACGUUUCUCAAAAGUUAUAUCACAAGAGGAGACUACAACACGUCCGGUAGCCUCAAGGCAUGAUUUAGCUUGAUGCUUUAGAACGAGGUUUGAUCUUUUAGCCAUGUAAGCCAAACUUGAGGUUACCUAAACUUGUCUUUAAAAAUUCCGAAUGCUCAGAAAUGCAAACUUUUUGAAGUUCUCUUUUUUUCAAUUUUCUAGAGUUUUGAGUUGUGAGAUGAAUUUGUAAUUUUGACUAACAGACAGAACAGGUUCCUCACAUCAAAGUCUGUAGGACACGACGGCGACGAAAGGGCAAUUGAUAGGAGUUGAUAAUGGCCGAUACAAGGGCAGCGAAUUGCAGAGGCUAGUGGUCAGAGUCUCGAUUGAUUAGGGAGAGAUGCGGGAAAAUUAAUUGUGAAAUUUAUGUUUUGGUCUCUCUAACAACUCGAAGCUACCAUUAUUAGAAACUUUCCAAAGCAAAACUUCUUUCUGUUUCAAGUCUCAUUUCUAAACCUAGCGGUGAAUCACUACAUCAUAACUCUCAGAAAAAAAAACCUGUAGAGCUCGAGAAAAAAACCCAGACGAACGGGAGAGAAAAAAAAAGCCGGAGAACCCCCCAAAUGUUCAGGAUAGGGCAUGUUUGCGCACUGGCGGCGAGGCACAAACAAAUAAAAAAAAUCAAGGAUAGAGUCGUUGAACGUGCAUAAAAAACGGCAGAAAAUGGAGUCGGAGACGCGGCGGCAGACACGGCAGACGGUUGCACUUUCGCCAAACGGAGCAGCCGACCGCCGUCGGUUCUGCCGCACUUUUGUGUUUGUGACGCCCAUCGGCGGUUCCGAACCUCGCGACCGACCCAAUGAUUCAGCCGUCGUCGCCGCAGCUGUUUCACUCGAGGGACAACUUUUUCGCGAGUGA